AUGGAGACCCAUGUUGACUCGUCUAAUGUGGCUAAUGUUUGUAAGAGAGUGUGUCAAAGCUGGCAUUGGGCAACUAAUGAAGACUGUUGUGAUAAAGGUAUUCGUAUAAUGGUUGGGUGGGAUCCUAGUCUGGUGGAUGUGAUGGUCUUGGCUCAUUCGGAACAGGCAUACAAAGAGGCGGUUAAGGAUGAAAGUUUAUUUCUUAAACAAAAGUCGAAGGUGGAGUGGCUUUCGUUAGGUGACUCGAACUCGAAGUACUUCCAUAAUGUUAUCAAAGCUAAGAACCAUCGUAGUAGAAUUUUUUCUAUUAGAGAUGGUGGUGGCAAUCUUCGUGAAGGAGUUUCGGUUCCUCAAGUUUUGGUGGAUCAUUAUUCUAAUUUUUUUGGUCAUGUGGGGAGUAAUCUUUUGCAACCGGCUCCGGAUUUGUUCAGUAAUGUCCUUUCGGUCGAGAAAGCUUCUAAUAUGGUCAGGCAGGUUACUGAUGAUGAGAUUAAACUAGCCAUGUUCUCCAUAGCUGGUAAUAAAUCUCCCGGUCCGGAUGGCUACACUUCGGUCUUUUUUAAAAAGUCUUGGGAUAUUGUGGGUAAUGAUAUUUGUCAUGCCGUAAGGGAUUUUUUUGAUAAUGGAGAGCUCCUUCAGCAAUUAAACCAUACGGUUAUCUCUCUUAUUCCUAAGGAGCUAAUGCACAAUUAUCAUCGUAAUCAUGGGCCCCCUAGAUGCGCUUUUAAAGUGGAUAUUCAAAAGGCUUACGAUACGGUAGAUUGGAAUUUUCUUGAGCAUACUUUGAUGGGGUUUCGGUUUGACAGUAAAAUGAUUAAAUGGAUUAUGGCUUGUGUCACGUCCACGUCUUUCUCAUUAGCCAUUAAUGGGAAUUUACACGGGUAUUUUCGUGGGAAGCAAGGGUUGCGUCAAGGUGACCCAAUGUCCCCGUAUUUGUUUACGUUGGUUAUGGAGGUUCUCACUCUGAUUUUGCAGCAUAAGGUUUCAUUCUCUGCUGAUUUUAAAUUCCAUCAUAAAUGUGAGAAGCAGCGUAUUAUAAACCUUUGCUUUGCGGAUGAUUUGUUUUUGUUUGCGCGUGGGGAUCACAAGUCGGCAAGUGUUAUUUUACAAGCUAUUAACACAUUUUCAAGCAUGUCUAGGCUUGUUCCGAGUAUGAGUAAGAGUAUUGUCUUCUUUGGUAACGUAUCUGAUGCUACUAAAGAUCGCAUAAGGGGGAUUAUUCCGUUUGAUGAAGGUGUCUUACCUGUGCGUUACUUGGGUGUGCCGCUUAUUUCUACGCGUCUUUUGUAUAGCGAUUGUAAAAGGCUCGUGGAAAAUUUGGAAUCCAGAAUCACAGACUGGAAGACGAAAUCCUUAUCUUUUGCUGGACGACUUCAACUUAUUCUGAUCAUUUCCGACCUAGAAGAUAAAAUGAGAAGGUUCCUUUGGGCUCAAAGGAAUAACAUUAAGGGAAAGGCGAAGGUGAAAUGGAGUAGGGUGUGUAAGCCGAAAGCUGAAGGUGGGCUGGGUGUUCGUAGGGUUGUAGAUAUGAACAAUGCUCUUAUGGUUGCUCAUAUAUGGAGCCUGCUUACGCUAAGGGAAUCUCUAUGGGUGAAAUGGAUGCAUGCUUAUCGUAUCCAAGAUAGAAGCUUUUGGGAUAUUCCGCUACGGGGUAAUGUCAGAUGGAGUUGGAGGAAAAUGUUGAAUCUCAGGCCAAUUAUUCAACAACAUGUGUGGGUAAAGCUGGGGGAUGGCUCAAAAACGCUUGUUUGGUUUGACAAGUGGGAUAAUGUUUGUCCAUUAAGUUCAUUCAUCACCCCUAGGAUGAUACGUGAUGCUGGCUUCACGAGAAACAUGACGGUUGCGAAUAUGUGCGACCAAGGGGAGUGGCGUUGGCCUACUAGUUGGGUUCAAAGGUUUCCGGCUCUCUUAAACUUGCCGAUUGUUAACCUUGAUGAGGCGGUUCAGGAUAAAGUCUUGUGGCGAACUAGAUCCGGUGAUCUCAUGGAGUACUGUGCUGCUAUAGUGUGGGAUGAUAUCCGUUUAAUCUAUGAUGAGGUUCCGUGGUCUGGUAUAGUUUGGUUUACCCAAUCGAUACCUCGGCAUUCAUUUUUUAUGUGGCUACUGGUCAACAGAAAAUUGAAGACGCAGGAUGUUAUGAGUAAAUGGUCUGCCUCGGGGAACGUGAAUUUUAAUCUUUUAUGUUGUUCGCUAUGCACGGCUGGUCCCGACUCUCACGAUCACCUGUUUUUCGAGUGUUCUUAUGCUACUCAGAUAUGGAAUGGUGUAAAGGAGAAGGCUAAUAUGGGGCAGGUUCGUAAUUCGCUGGAUGAAAUACUGGACCACUUGGUUCAGCGAUCGAAUUCUAAAAAGGCUCUUCAUGUUAUUGGCAAGUUAACUGUUGGGGCAGCGGCUUAUUUUGUCUGGCAAGAGAGGAAUCAACGUCUGUUUUCAAACAAGAAACGCACUCCGGCCCAGCUUAUAGAGGUCAUCUUGUCAACGGUUCGAUUGAAGCUUCAUACUUUGCGGUUUAGGGCGUCCAUUCAGGUUGAGGAAUAUGAAUGGAGUCCUCUUAGGUGUGCUCAAUGUAAGGUGUUUGGUCAUUCAGAUGAUACAUGCCCGAGACAAACUAGGAGGGCUCCUAAGGGGCCGGUCACCAGACAGAAGCAACAAGAUAAAAACAAUAAUCGAAAACAAGUAAAUCAGCCGGUUGUUGAUAAAGAUGGGUUUAUGGAUGUAGAUCGCAAGAAAAUGGCUAGGAAACCAGGGUUUCCUAUAAAUAAACAGAAGCAGAAGUUUGAAUAUAGGCCGCUUGGACCCAAACCACAUGGGGGGACUAACACAUCGGCUACUCCAUCUAGUGUCAUAUCCAAAAAUCCGUUUGAUGUUUUAAGGAAGGAUGGAGGGCAGUCAGGUCAAACUAGCGAGGCUCACAAGGACCAGCUGGACUCGGAAGAUGAGGAGGUUCGCGAAGUCUAUAAUGAAACGAAUGAUUUUAUGACUUCUUCGUCUGCGAGAGUAGAGGCAAGCACAUCUUCCACAAAGUUAUCCAAUGGAUAG